AAGCGUGUCGCGUACUGUCAAGUGGCGUCGAUAUAGAUACCAAAUCAAAUAUUCAGCAUAUUCUUCUUCUUCCAAGAUUGAAUGGCGACCGUAGAAAGACAGCUCGUUGUUUUCGAUUUCGAUUGGUCUAUGGCUGAUCAGGACACCGACAGAUGGAUCUUCGAGGUUUUGGCACCCGAUAUUCGUCGAAAAAUGGAGGACCUCGAUAACAAAGUCCAGUGGACCGAUCUUGUCGCACAAUCCCUACGCGAAGCUCAUACAAGGGGAAUAAAGAGAGAGGAAAUUGAACAUGUCCUCAGAUCUAUACCCUAUCAUCCCGCAAUGGGCCGAGCCGUGACCAAAUUGAAAGCAGGCGGGAGAACGACCUUCCUCUGUCUUUCCAACGCAAAUUCUGUUUUCAUCAACACGAUUCUGGAGGAAAAGGGAUUAGAGACUCUCUUCGAAGAAAUCAUCACCAAUCCAGCACACUUUGAGGAAUCUGGCCUUCUUAACCUCAGGCGCAGAAUUAGUGCGGACGGGCCUCAGCACCAAUGCAAAGUCGGGUGCAGCCCCAACAUGUGUAAAGGCGAAGAACUAGACGCGUUCCUGGCAAGACAUGCGCCCGCGUACGACCGUAUCGUAUACGUGGGCGAUGGUUCUAAUGACUUUUGUCCUGUCCUUCGUCUGAGAAGUCAAGACAUAGUUCUUUGCAGAACGUUUGGAGGCUUACCCAAACGGGUUGCCCGUGACGGAGACCAACUGAAAUGCCACAUCAAGUACUGGACGGGGGCUUGGGAGAUAGAAGAGGUCUUUACUACAUUUUAGACACAACUGCCUACUGGUGUUUUGCGGGCAAACGUGCCUGAGACAACUUACAAGCAUGACAGAGUGUCUUUCCGACAGUUGCAUUUGA